UGUUGGUUUGCCCGCUGAUUGCAAGUUAGCUGAUGGUACAUGUGACCUUAUCCCUGUUAAAAAGGCUGAUCCUACUAAGAAAUGUUUUGAUGCUCCAACAACAACAACUUUAGCACCAACAACAACUUUAGCACCAACAACAACUUUACCAUCGACAACAGCUUCACGAUCUGCUACCAAGAGAAGAUGCAAGGCAAGACUAAAUGGAGAGUCUUGUAAUGGUGCGAUUGUUAGAAAUGGUACAAAUGAAACUAUUAUUGACGCAAAUAAUGCAACGUGGACAAUUUUUUCUAAUAGCACAGUUUUCAAAGAUGGACUAACAGCAGGACCUACUGCAAAUGUUAUACAGCUAGUAUAUUGGAAUGGAACUGUUUAUCACGAAAAUGAAAAUCAUGAUUGGUGGCAGUGGAUUAAUGAUACUUGGAUAUCCGAAUCUGAUACUCAAGUAUUAUCAUAUUUGAAUUCAUCGUCAGGGUGUACACCUACUACUAUCUCAGAUUUAAUCACGUCACUUGAAACAACAACGGUCGAAACAAGUUCUCUAUCUUAUAUAUCAAAUAAAUCAUCCUCAAAUUAUUUUGCUCCAUAUAGUUGCAACGAUUCAAAUUAUAUUGGAGAUUUUUGUAACAUUUCAAUGAAACCGUGUGAUAUUGAUCCAUGUUAUGAUAUGAGCAAUUGCACCAAUAAUUCCAGUCAGCGUCUUGGUUACUCUUGUAACUGUAUGUCAGGUUUUACUGGUAUUAACUGCGAUGUUAAUAUUCAACCUUGUAAAGUCAAUACAUGUUUGCAGAAUGGUUUGUGUAUCGAAAUGAAUGUGACAGAUUUUAUCUGUAAUUGUAGUCAAGGAUAUAUGGGUAUUCAUUGUCAAGAUAUGAUUAGUUAUUGUAACAGAAAUGUCACAUGUCUUAACGAAGGCAUCUGUCGACCAAUUCUUCUCGAUUAUAAAUGUGAAUGUUUAUAUGGUAGUUCCGGACGUCACUGUGAAAACUUAGCAGCUGGUUUUGUCAUUCGUCAAUACGUUGCAAAAAGUUUUUCAUAUAUUGCAAUUAUUGGCAUAGUCGCUGUUUAUCUUUUUGUGAUUAUUCUUGAUACUUUGAAGUAUAUUUUUGGUAUUGAUGUAGCUCGCAACGAACGUCGUGAACUUCGUCAUAAACGAAAUUUACAUAAAAAGAAGAAUCUUGAAGAACAACAAGCUCGGAAGACACAUCUUGUACUACGAUAUAUUGACUAA